AUGCCCACUGCACUCGCAGACGGGCUGCCGCGGCUAGCCAUUUGUGCUGGGGGCGGCGCGGGGGGCAGGUCGAGGGGCGGGAGGCGCGACGUGGCGGGUGCGAAGAGCGGUGCAGUAGGCGCUGGACAGGCGCUUCGGGCGGUGGCGUGGUUCGGGCGCCUAGUUGCGCUCCUGCGGCGGCAGCUCGAGGCCUCGCACUGUUCGCGGCUGCCCUACACGCGCUUUUGCCACUGCGUUUACCCAGCGAUGCCACGAUCUAGGCACAGACCGAAACUCACGCCUGCUGAAGCUGCAGCCCGCGACCAAGAAUUCCUCAGAUUCUGCGCCGAUCUCGCAGCAACAUCUGCUCUACUCCUGCUCUACUCCUCUGCCGACCCUUCCUUUCGCGCCGAAUUUACAAACGAGCUCACCACACAAGCCGCAGGGAGAGCAGUAGAACUCGGGGCCGACCCAUUUUCCGAGUUUCUGCGCCAGUCCGGCGCUGCAUCUGUGUGGCCCCACCUCCCAGCCGACCUUCGCACUGCACUCGAUCACAGAAAACACGAAUGCGCGGCCAGGCGCAAAGAGCGCGCCCGCGUAGUUGCAACGAUGGGACUCAAGGAGCGCAGCGACGAGGAAAAGCUGGCUGCUCUCGAGGCGCAGACACAGCAGUACAAGCUUCCAAAGCUUCCGAACUACGGCUAUCCAAAGAAAGAUUACUGGGUGGGCGAGAAUGCCCAGAGCGCGGCAGGCUGGAAGGGCUAUGUCAAGAAGCGGCCGGCUGAGGUAGACAAACGCCUGCAUCCUUAUCCAGUACUCACCCUCGAUCCAAACCAGCUCAAGCUCAUCAUUCGUGCUGAUGAAGGCGCGGUGGUUCGUGAUGCCGCGACUGGUGAACUUGUUGCCGUUGUUAUUCGCAACUUCUGCAAGGAUGCCCCAGUCCUCGACUAUGUGAAUUCAACGAUCACUGUAGCUUGCGACUCGAAGCGCGACAGCCGGAAGCAAGACCCGGGGACUCUUGUCCUUGCUGGAUACUCGGCAGGAUCGCGCAGUGCACCAAUCUUUGAUUGGUGCCACAAUAUUGAGUUGACGAAGCCCUCGGCGGAGUUCAUACAGAGCCACGAGAUGGCAGUAUCCUCUUCCUUUGCAAUCUUCUACAACCUGGCGUGUGCCCAGCUCCCUGCCGAGCUUCUUGACGAUCUCCAUUCGUACCUCGAGACAAAUGGCUUCCCCCGCAUGGAUGCAAACGGGGCAAUCGGCACGAGCGAGGAUGGCCGCGGUGAGUACUAUGUGCAGAGGGGUGAGGAUACCAUUGUGUUCUGCCACGAGAAGCUUGCGCCACCAUCAGGUGUGAUGGGUGUCAACUACGCGCGACACAUGCACCGGGAGACUCACCCACACAAGUACGCCUACUCGUGGACAACGGGCCGGACAGCUGAGGUUGGCGGACAUUUCUAUGUCUCAGAAUAUGGGAUCAAGAUCGAGCAGUCGGCAAACACGUUCAUUGCCUGGCAGCCGCGCCUUAUGCAUGGCACCAGCCUCAUUGGGAACGGGCCAAACUUCUCACCACCAUAUGCUCAGCAGGGCCUCAGCAUUGUCAGCAGUGCCCGGCUUGCUUCCAUUUGGCAGAAAUACAAGGGCAGCGGGUUGCCUCAGCAGGAAGCGGCAAAGAAUGCAGUGGCAGAAUAUGCAGCAGAUAUGGAGAAUGACUUGUUGUAA